AUGAAAUCACAAAGCAGAUGCCUGUUCCGCUUGACAAAACCAGCUGAGAGUCCCCGGAUAGCUGUCACAUUUAGGCACCCUGAAACACAACCCACGCGAACUAUAGCUGGUGCUCAGGAAUUUCAGCUUCUUUCAAACAACAGAAUCCGGCCAUUCGAAGAAAUCCCAGGUCCUUCUGGAAUAUACCAGUUGCCAUAUGUGGGACUCAUUCUACAAAUGAAACCAUUCACAAAUCACACCAAGGACGAUAUGCAGCAAAGAGUUCAAAGCUGGACAAGGAAAUAUGGACCAAUCUGCAAACAACGACUAGGUCACGACUGGUACGUGUUUCUUACUGAUCCAGGGGACUUUGAAAAGGUGUUCCGAAAUGACAGGAAGUAUCCAUUUCGAGGAAUUUUGCCAUUAAUCAAGGUCUACACGAUGAGAACUCAAACAAAACCUGGACUAACAGCAUUAAACGACGAAGAAUGGUUGACUUUGAGGAAAACAGCGCAAAAAGCAAUUCUACGUCAAAAAUCUAUCAAUAAAUACCUUCCAGUCAUUAGUGAAAUCGCAGAUGAGUUUGUGGAAAAAUUCCGAGGUGAAGACCGUAUCAAUGACGUAUUACAACACUUAUUGGAAUUCUCAACAGAGGGUGUUGGUAAAGUGUGUUUUGGUGUGCGCUUAGGAUGUAUUUCCAAACCAGAUCAAACCGUAAAAACGGAAACUAUGCAACAUGUAGAGACGUUCCUUGACUGUUUUGGCAACCAAUUUUACGUGAUGCCAUGGUAUAAGUUAUUCCGAUCGCCAUUUUAUCGGAAGUAUGCAAAAUCUGCAGACUACCUUAAGAGACAAACAGGAGAAUACGUUACAAAACACAAAGAACGUCUUCAGUCUGUAAGCAACACGGGAUCUGACCCUAGUCUUCUUGGCGACAUGAUAUCCAACCCUAACUUGACGAUCGAUGAUAUCCAGAGAACUUUGUUGGAUGUUUUAGCUGGUGGUAUUGACUCGACUGCAUCAACUAUGACAACCUUGCUUUUCAAUUUGGCUAAAAACACAGACAAGCAAGACAGAUUGUUUGAAGAGCUAGAGAAACAUGUGUCAACAGUUGGUCUUCUCGAUGAAACUACUCUUUGCAGCCUUCCCUACCUCAAAGCAUGCAUAAAAGAGUCAUUUAGGCUAGUGUUUCCAGUUCCGGUUGGUACCGCCAGAAGUCUGGAUAAAGACAUAACUCUGAAAGGAUUUCGAAUCCCUGCAUAUACAAAUAUAGUGUUUUGUUCCGGAAUCACGUGCCAAAACAGUAAAUAUUUUGAAGAACCCGAGCAAUUCAUUCCUGAAAGAUGGAUACGUGAUGACGAGAAAUAUUCUCCAACACACGCAUUUGCACAUAUUCCGUUUGGUCAUGGACCUCGAAAAUGCAUAGGACAGAGAUUUGCUGAGACAGAGAUAUGUAUCUGCACCUCCAAGCUAUUGCGUAAUUUUCGCCUGACACUGCCAGAGGAAACUCGUAACAUUAUAUACAGGGAUAAAACAUUUCGAACACCAGUUAGCUCAGUGUCUUUCAUCAUUCAUCAGAGAUAAAAUACUUCUUUUACAAACGAUAUAUGUACCAGUUUGACAUUGAUUGUAUUAAAUUCUGUACGACAAAGUAUAUGGUCAUUACUUUCUUUUCAUGUCUAAUAAAUCUAUUCUACAACU